AUGCUAGAGGACGUCCACAAGGUGGGCGAUGAGAGAAUCGGUGAGAAUGUGGAGGUCGGGGAAAUGGUAAUGCAGGUAGAGGAGCAGUGCAGCCAGGCAAGGAGGUUGUCUGCCAAGAUGACAAGGCUCGGUGUUAUCCCUUUCCGGGCUAGAGCGAGGCGGAGUCUUCGGUUUGCCUUGGGAUUUGAUGCAGUUUGUGAUGUACUUGAUGCCCACAUCCAUGUUUCUAGCCCAGCUGGAGAGUCAUUCAUAGUCACCCAUGCUAGGAAACUGGUGGGGCAGGGAUAUUUGGCAUUAUUGGCUCAUGUUCGAGAUGUUGAUGUUGAAUAUCCCUCUAUUGAGUCUAUUCAUGUAGUGUCUGAAUUUAGGGAAGUGUUUCCUACCGAUUUGUUUGGUAUGCCUUCGGAUAGAGAUAUAGAUUUCUGCAUUGAUUUGGAACCGGGCACUUGCCCCAUCUCCAUUCCUCCCUAUCGCAUGGCUCCAGCAGAAUUGAGAGAGCUUAAGAUUGAUGACCUCUUUGACCAGUUGCAAGGUGCAUUGGUUUUCUCUACGAUUGAUCUAAGGUCUGUUUACCAUCAGUUAAAGAUUAGGCUUGAGGAUCCACCAAAAAUGGCAUUUAAGAACCGCUAUGGGCACUAUGAAGUUCGAGAGUUUUGUGGGGCUCGCCAGCUACUAUCGUUGGUUUGUGAAGAAUUUUGCUUCCAUCGCCACACAUUUGACAAGGCUGACAAAAAUGAGGUACCUUUCGAGUGGAAUGACAAAUGUGAAGAGAGAAUUCAAAAGCUCAAGACUCUUUUAGACCAGAACACCUAUUUUGGCACUGCCUGUGAAAGCAAUGAUAUGGCACCGUUUGAGGCCCUUUAUUGGAGGGGAUGUAGAUCACCAAUAGGAUGGUUUAAGGCUGGAGAUGUGAAACUUUUGGUGGUUGAUUUGGUGAAGGAUGCUCAGGAUAAGGUAAGAAGAAUCGAAGCUAAGCUUCUAGCAGCCCAGAGUCAACAGAAGAAGUGUGUAGACCAUAAGGUAAGAGACAUGGCAUUUCAGGCCGGUGAACAAGUUUUUCUUAAACUGUCACCCGUAAAAGGGGUGAUGAGAUUCAGCAAGAAGGUUAAGAAUAGUCCUCGAUACAUUGGACUAUUUGAGAUUCUUGACUCUAUAGGGCCAGUGGCUUAUAGGUUAGCCUUACCUCCUAGCUUAUCUGGAUUUCAUCUAGUGUUUCAUAUGUCCAUGUUGAAGAAGUGUCAUAGGGAAGGGGAUUAUAUCAUAAAAUGA